CUUUCAAAAUCGCUGUGAGAGGGUCAGUGCUGAGGGAGUGCUGCACUGUCAGAGGGAUUCUGUUACACCCAGAAGGGACGCCAUCCUGGAUAUUUUGGAAAAAUUGGCCAUCACUCAGAUUGGGAUUUCCUGCUCCCACUGCCAGGAUUCUGAGGAACACCCAGUUUGUGUGGAGAAUGGACUCCUGUAGCCCAUCUGGUGGUGCCGUGGGCCGAGAGAGAUCAGCAGAGGAUGAGAAAGAUCAAUCGGUCUGGAGCUUGGCAGAGGCUAUGCAGAAGCAGAUUCUGCAGAUUGGGUCAAGUGCAUGUGGUGCGACUGCAGUUGUCAACAUUCUGCAGGCUCUGGGAUUUGACAUUCCCUCUGAUGUUGUAGACAGGUGUGUCCAGACCAGACUGCGGAAGAACGAUGCACCCUUGGCUGAAUAUUUAAUGUCACGAUGUGUUGCAGGUGCCACCCACCAGCAGCUGAUUGAGGGAGCGGAGAAGGCGAGUGAAGGAAGGGUUGUUGGGAGGUUUUUCAGUUUCUACCCUGAACGAAGUGUGGAAUUGACAUCUUGGCUGGCGAGCUGGAUGAGGAAAGGAGCUGUUCCUGUAGUGACCAUGAACAUGCAAGUAGCGGUGCCGGAGGGCAAGGAGAUCCCAGAUGCAUGGCACCAUCAGAUGAUCUUCGGAGUGGGCGCUGAAGGGAUUUACAUGACCAAUCCCUUAGAAAUAGAGGAGAGCAGCCUUGUGAAACGACGCCUCUGCAGUGAAUCACUCCUGCUGGUCCGGCGGCAGGAUGUUCUGUCUCGGCUCUCGGACGGCUCAGAUUUCUCCAUGUUCACACGGCUCCCGGACCAUUCCCUGUGGGAGCAGCUGGAUGUUGUGGGUCAGAUUGAACGGAUAGUUUCCAGCGAUGUCCCUGGUGAAGUUCCUGACCACGUGGUCAUUCCAGCUGCCUACAGGUCAGGGGUCACGAUGUUUACCCUGAGACACUCGGAACUGACCAAUGAGCUUUUAUCUGCUUCAGAGUUGCCUUUAUUAUACUGACCAUCAAUAACCUUAACUAUACAGAGCAAGCUGGAGGGUUAGAAAUCUGGAGUUGACUUCAUCAGAACUUCAGGAGCUUGGGAAUUCAUCAAGCCAGUCAGACAACCUCUUCAUUACAUAACCCAUAGACAAGGCGAGUACCCAGCAAGAGGCUCUGACAGCUGAGUACACAGUGUUACUGUGUGUGUUUGGGGCUGUGUGCGCGUGUGUAGGCCUGUGUGUACACAGGUCAGUGUGGAUGCAGCGUAAACACAAAGCGGGGUUGAAAAUUGCAGCAAGAAAGACCCCCUCCUUCCAACCAACUCACCUGCCACUGCUACCCUGAACCCUACCCCCCCUGCUCCUCAUUCAGAACACAGACUAUCAUCUCUGACCUCACCCUGCCCUGAUCCAUUGGCUCCUUGCUUUCUGAAAGGGUUAAUUGUGGUUGACCCCCCACCCCACCGACAAGCCUUCACUUUCUCAGUGUGACAAUGGAGGAAACAACAUCUUAACUGGAUCCUGUGUCCCGGGAGUCACUGAAUAGCAAUCAAGCAGGAACCAUGGCUAUAAUAUCCCGUAACCUAGCCCAGGGUCCUGAGGGUAACUGUGCCUUGUUGGGAGUGGCUAACCUGGCACAGA